GGGCAUCUCAUGCUUUGAGAACCAUCGGCCCCGCGCGCGCACCAACCUGUCAUGAUGAAAAGCACUUUCUAGUCGGCCAGUACUUGCGCGCCAUGGCCAUCCACCACAGCGUGCAGCUGAUGGCACUGGCCUCUCUGGCGCUCGUCGCCGCGGUGGCUCCAGCCACGACGCACCUCCGCUUCUACAUGCACGACAUCGUGACGGCGGAGGCGCCGAGAGCGGCCACGGCGGUGCGCGUCGUCAGGGGCCUGACGCCGCUGCCGAACGACCCCAGCAACCGCUUCGGCGACAUGUACACCAUCGACGAUGCUCUCACCGAGGGGCCCGGUGCGGCGUCGCCGGUCAUCGGGAGGGCGCAGGGGUUCUACCUCUUCGCGUCGCAGACGGACGCCGCGCUGCUGCUCAGCGCCAACUUGCUGUUCACGGCGGGGAAGCACAACGGCAGCGCCAUCGCCGUGUUCGCCAGGGACGCCAUCCUCGACACCGUCAGGGAGCUGCCGGUCGUCGGCGGCACCGGCGCCUUCCGCGGGGCUGCUGGAUACGGCCUGCUUCGGACGAAUACCUACAACGCCACCACCAACAACGCCGUGCUCCAGAUCGACAUGUACCUGCAGGUGUAGGCACAGCGCGUGCACGUACGUUUUUUUUCUUUUUGUAAAACUCCCUCUGCUGUCUUCGGCCAACUGCCUAGUAGGCGAUGUGAACUCCUCCCUGUAUAUGGAUGUGCGGUUUUCACUGUUGUCACUCCACCCAACUAUCAUACUAGUGAAAUGUGUAACUUCGUUUGUUGCUCUUACUAAAUACUAUAUGAAACAGUCGACGAGAAA